AUGGACGUUGAGGAUGCCACGACACUAAGUUAUGACGACUUUUGCACUCGUUACAUGGCGCCCAACCGUCCUGUGUUAUUGCACAAAGAGAAGAGCGACAGUGAUUAUCGAUUUGUGUAUCUUGGUCCUGCUGGAAGCUGGACGCCGCUUCAUCAAGAUGUAUUUCGCUCUUACAGCUGGUCGGUGAAUGUCUGCGGCCGCAAGCAGUGGAUUCUCUUCCACCCCAAUGAUGAACCAAAGUUGAAAGAUCGCUUUGGUCACUUUGUUAUUCCCGAUGUAACAGCUACAAUGAUUGACAAAGAGAAUUAUCCUCACUUUUAUGAAGCAAAACCAGUGUACGUUGUCCAAGAAACGGGUGACGCGAUUUUCGUCCCCAGUGGGUGGUAUCACCAAGUGAGAAACAUGGAAGAUACAAUCUCCAUCAACCAUAACUGGUUCAAUGGAUACAACAUUUGUGAAGUGUGGGGGUUUCUUAAACGUGAGUACGCCGCGGUGGAACACGAACUAGAACACCUAAAAGACAUAGGUCUUGUUGGACGCGAUUUUGUAGACCAGUGUCAGCGAGUUAUGCUUGCCAAUACUGGCAUCAACUACGCUGAGUUCCGAGAACUCUUGUAUGUCAAAUCCAACGAAGUACUGUCACAGCGCGAAUACCGCAAAAACGACAAGAACAAGGACUCGACAAUUGGGGAAAUGGAUUCGGUCAUUCAAUUGGGACACGUGCGUGAAAUCCUCCUGCAGUUAGACGCAGCUCUGGACACUAUACAUGACGCUGAAGACGUUAACGUGGAUGAAAGCGGGCUUGAUGUGGACUUACAAUUCGAAGUACGUGCAGUAAAUCAAGCAUAG